AAAGAUCUGCAAACUUUUAUUGGAAAAACAGAAUGUUAAAUCUGAUCUCCAGCCUCCCCUUUAGUCUUGCACAGGUGUACUGGCUCCUCCCCUUCAGUCUUGCACAGGUGUACAGGCUCCUCCCCGUCAGUCUUGCACAGGUGUACCGGCUCCUCUCCUUCAGUCUUGCACAGGUGUACCGGCUCCUCCCCUUCAGUCUUGCACAGGUGUACCGGCUCCUCCCCUUCAGUCUUGCACAGGUGUACCGGCUCCUCCCCUUCAGUCUUGCACAGGUGUACCGGCUCCUCUCCUUCAGUCUUGCACAGGUGUACCGGCUCCUCCCCUUCAGUCUUGCACAGGUGUACCGGCUCCUCCCCUUCAGUCUUGCACAGGUGUACUGGCUCCUCCCCUUCAGUCUUGCACAGGUGUACCGGCUCCUCUCCUGGACUGACAUUGCUUACUCUGAUUUCACAGCACACUGUGAGCUCCCCACCAUGUGCAUUAGAAGCUUCAGCAAGUCAGAUAGAGCUCCGCCU